AUGCCUCCAGAACGCAUCCAACGAGCACGACGUGUCGUCGGGGUCGGCCCGCUCAACAGAUCAACUCGCAACGUCAAGGGCGCUGAGGGCAGUUACGGAGCCGUCCGUGGGACAGAUAUCAAUGAGAACAUGACGCUGGCUGAGUUCGUCAGACUGAUUGUGUCUUUGCAGGAAAGAGGCGAAUACUACCCCCACAAAGAAGGAUGGACCUACGACCUUUUCUUCCGAAGAAAGUCCCUUUUCGAGAUGUUGGAUGAGUUCAGAGAGCAAAGGAGAGCCGAACAAGAUGAUCUCGUCCGUGAUUACUUCGAUGGAGGGGAGACUGUUAUUUGGAAGGUGUAUGACGAAGAAGGCCUUGAGCGGGUCUUCACGAUCUUCACAGAUGGCUGGGAGUAUCAUAAAACCGCCCGCCACCGAGGGUCUAGUGAAUUUAUAGUCCCAUUGAUGUGA